AUGUCGCGCCCCAUCUCCCAACGUUUGCCUACACUUUUGAACGUCAACCGAAGGUUCAAUCCAUCGAGAAGGCUGCUUGCCACAACCCAACUGCGCCCACAGCAGCUUCCCGGCGAAGAUGCACGCACGACACACUUUGGGUUCGAGACGGUAGCUGAAGCACAGAAAGAAGCCAAAGUUGGAGCUGUCUUCUCCUCUGUAGCAUCGUCAUAUGACACCAUGAACGACCUCAUGUCUCUCGGAAUCCAUCGACUUUGGAAAGACUACUUUGUCCGCAGCCUCAACCCGGGAAGUCGAAAAAGCGAGACAGGCUGGAAUAUUUUAGACGUGGCCGGUGGGACGGGCGACAUCGCGUUUCGCAUGCUCGACCAUGCAACGAAUAUCAACGGCGACCUGAAGACAAAAGUGACAAUUGCAGACAUUAACGGAGACAUGCUGGCAGAAGGACAGAAAAGAGCUCUCGAAACCCCAUAUGGAAACACCCCCAGAUUAUCUUUCAUGCAAGACAAUGCGGAGUCAAUGCCGACACUCGAAUCGAACUCUUUUGAUCUCUACACUGUCUCAUUUGGGAUAAGAAACUUCACUGACAAGGCAGCCGCUAUACGCGAGGCCUACCGAAUCCUCAAGCCAGGAGGUGUGUUUGCCGUGCUUGAAUUCAGUCAUGUGGACAGUGCUUUGUUCAAUGCUGUGUACAAGAGAUGGAGUUUCGGGGCCAUUCCACUGAUCGGGCAACUGGUAGCAGGCGACCGUGACAGCUAUCAAUACCUCGUCGAGAGCAUUGAACGACAUCCUCCACAAGGAGAAUUUAGAGACAUGAUUCAAGCUGCUGGGUUUAUUACCCCUGGCAUUGGGUACGAAAAUUUGACAGGAGGCAUCGCCAGUAUUCACCGAGGGGUGAAACCAUUGUAG